AAUAGGGCCUCUGCGCCCGGCCAGGAAAGAGGCUGCCCUGGUUUUGGGGACAGAACAGAAGGUCCCGGUCUGGUCUUAGGGACAGAAGCAGGAGGUCUUUGUGUUGGGAGCUGACGCAGAAGGUGCUGGUCUUGGGGGCAGACGCAGAAGGGCCCACAGACGCGCGAUGAGUCCCGCAGGCCUGGGCCUCAGGGCCGCCGUGCUCUGCCUGUUGGCCUGGGCCGGCCUGCCCGCUGCCGACCGGCUCUACAUCCACCCCUUCCACAUGCUGGUCUACAGCAAGAGCAGCUGCGAGCAGCUGGAGAAGCCCAGCGGGGAGGCGCCCCCGGACCCCACCUUCACGCCUGUCCCCAUCCAGGCCAAGACGUCCCCGGUGGACGAGGAGGCCCUGCGGGAGCAGCUGGUGCUGGCCACCCAGAAGCUCCAGGGCGAGGACAAGAUGCGGGUGGCCACGGUGGGCAUGCUCCUUAACUUCAUGGGCUUCCGCAUGUACAAGACGCUGACCGAGACACAGGCCGCGGCCGGCGGGGCCGUCUUCUCCCCGACGGCGCUCUUCGGCACCCUGACCUCCUUCUACCUGGGGGCCCUGGACCCCACGGCGGGCCGGCUGCAGGCGUUCCUGGGGGUCCCUGGGGAGGACCAGAGCUGCACCUCCCGGCUGGACGGCCACAAGGUCCUGUCCGCCCUGCAGACCAUCCAGGGCCUCCUGGUCCAGCAGGGCGGGGCCGGCGGCCAGGCCCGGCUGCUGCUGUCCACGGUGCUGGGCCUGUUCACAGCCCCCGGCCUGCGCCUGAAGCAGCCUUUCGUGGGGGGCCUGGUUCCCUUCGCCCCCGUCACCCUCCCGCGCUCUCUCGACCUGUCCACCGACCCCCAGCUGGCCGCUGAGAAGAUCAACAGGUUCAUGCAGGCCGUGACCGGCUGGAAAAUGGGCAGCCCCCUGCAGGAGGUCAGCCCCGACAGCCACCUCAUCUUCAACGCCCAGGUCCACUUCCGAGGACAGAUGAAGGGCUUCUCGCUGCUGGCGGGGCCGCGGGAGUUCUGGGUGGACAACGCCACCUCCGUGGCCGUCCCCAUGCUGUCGGGCACGGGCACCUUCCCGCACUGGAGCGACCCCCAGAGGAACCUGUCGCUGACCCGCGUGCCGCUCAGCGCCAACGUGGGCCUGCUGCUCAUCCAGCCGCACGACGCCACGGCCCUGCCGGAGGUGGAGGCCCUCACCUUCCAGCACGACCUCCUGACUUGGACCAAGAACCUGGCUCCCCGGGCCAUGCGCCUGACGAUGCCACAGCUGGCGCUGCGAGGCUCCUACGACCUGCAGGACCUGCUGGCCCAGGCCAAGCUGGCCACCCUGCUGGGCGCCGAGGCGAACCUGGGCAGGAUCAGCGAGGGCAGCCUCCGAGUCGGGCAGGUGCUGAACAGCGUCCUGUUUGAGCUCAAAGCAGAGAAGGGGGAGCAGCCCACGGAGCCAGCCCCGCAGCCGACGGGGCCCGAGGCCCUAGAGGUGACCCUGAACCGGCCGUUCCUGUUCGCCGUCCAGGAUCAAGACUCCACGGCCCUGCACUUCCUGGGCCGCGUGGCUAACCCGCUGAGCGCGGCGUGAGGCCGGCCACGGGCACGGGCCCGCAGCCACCGCCCCGGCCCCCAGCAGCAGCGUUUGUCAACCCUGUCUUCCCCUUUGUCUUCCCCCGAGCCAGCUGGGAGCCGAGAGCAGCCUUUCUCUGGGGCGGUGGGCGCAGCAGCCUCCAGGCCUCAGGUUUGGGGGGAGCUGGGGGGUAUAGGGGGGCAGGGGGCCUAAGAACCAGCGUUCAGCUCAGGGCGGCUGUUCCGGAGAGUUUGCACAGACCGGCCUGCGUGUGAAAGCGAUCAUCGCUUCCUCUUUCACUGGGAACGGAAACUGGGCUUUUACAGUAAGACCCCCGCCCUCCGCGGCCCUGGGUGUGUGUGCAGCGUGUGGAAGGGGAGCCCGCGACCUGCACGCACGCACCACACGCCCGCAUUCUUCUUGGUUUCCCCGUUUUUCUCUCCCACGUGCGUGUGGGUUUUGGAAAACACAUGCGCCU